AUGAAAUAUCCCACCUAAACAUAGCACGUCUAUAUCUAAAACUCAGAAAUUACUUUGAUACCAUACUAAAUUAAAUACCUUAUUAAUAAAGAAGAAUAAUCAAGAAUGAUGAAUGAGACUCUGAACUAAAAUUCCUAAAUACUAUCAAAAAUGGCUAAGAUUUAUUUCUUUUCUUAUUAGAUCUUACAAAAUUAUUUAAUUGCAAACUAAUCUGUUAUUAAUAUCUAAUAAAUAGGAUCUUAGAAGAAAGGCUGGAGUCACUUUGGUGCUUAUCAAUCUUAAACCCCUAAAAUGAAAACGCGAACAAAAAAGUUUUUAUUAUCAAUCGGCCCUGAAAUAUCGAGAUCCCCACAAUAUUUUACGCAAUGUUUUCAAUUUUAGGAAUUCACAAACAGAGAGCACAAAAAACCCUCUACAGCUAAACUUUAAGAAUCACUAGUUUUUAAGGAAAUAAAUUUUAAAUCCCGAAAGGCCCUUUCUACAAUGCCAAUCCCGGACCGAUUCUUAAAAGUUUAACCUGUUUUAAAAGUUGAAGAGGCGUGCUGA